UCUAAAAAUUUUCAGAACAUAUUAAAUACUUUAGAAUGGACUUUCAUUGAACAGUUGGGUUAUUGCAAACAAACGCUGGCAAAAUUCUUUGCAUUAUUGUUAGACCAUAAUGUGUACAGCAAAACUCAGCCGAAGGUAUAUAUGCUAUAUGGAAAUUUCACCUAAUAUUAUUGGUGAGUGUGGACAAGAGCUUGGUCUUGAAGAAAUAAAAUGUGUAUUGUAAGCCUAAUAGACAAAAGAAGCAACCUUUUGGAAGUUUCAUAAGAAAAAUCUCAAAAGCUUUUGGUAGGACAAAGUUUUAUGAGAAGAAAAGCGUACUUUCAGAAAUGCAAAAAGGGCAAGGAAUUAUGCACCUAAUUUGUCGGACUUUAAGGGCCAGAUAAGUGAGAUGUAAGCAAUUUGAAGGACAUUAUUCUCAAUAUCCAGAGCUGAUUGAAGACAUAUUUGCACGUAAUGAAUUCUUCCUUGAUAUGUUAUAGAGGUAAACGUCAUUUUUGAGCAAUCAAAGUUGACCAAAUGCUUUAGAUUUUUUCGUUGAUCUAUAUGUUCAAAUGAUUUGUCUUCCUCUUUGUAUAAAUGAUAGAAGAAGGCUAGUAUGUCCUGUUGGAAUUAUUUAUUCUUGAGUUUUUUGUCUUUUACCUUAAUUUUUUAUGGCAUCUUUUUUUUUUCUAUUCCAUAUUUUCAAGAAAGAAAUAUACACAUCAUUGGAAUAUCCAAGAAUUGAUACUGCUAAUCACUUACAAUUUAACCCAGGAAGAAAUAAAUUACCAAAUGGCAAGAGAAAGAGCUGGAGUUUUGAAAGGAUUGAUCCAAAUGGAGUCCCUUCAUUGCUCACAAUUCCAUGUUUGGACAUCCCUGAAGUCAGCUUGCUCUACUUCCACUUUAUAUAAAUUAGUUGAAAAUGAUGAUGAGGAGCUGGGGAUUUAUGCAAAGAAACUUAAACACAGAGACUGGCUAACAUCAAAUGAACUCUUAAAGAUUUUAAAACCCCUGAAUGAUCCUCUUUUGGCUAUUCGCAUCUUCAACAGAGCAGCACAACGACCAGACUACAAGCCCAAUGAGACCAUAUACAGUGUAAUCUUUAACAAGCUUGCUUGUGUAGGUCAAUUUGAUAUUAUUGAAGAGCUGCUGGAACAAAUGAAGAGGGAAGAUUGUAGGUGUACUGAUAGUUUUUUUCUAGAAUUAAUCAAAAUGUUUACACGUAAAGCUCACAAUCCUGAUAGAGCACUGAAAUUGCUGUUUGAAAUGCGUGAUUUCAAAUGCUGGCCUACAGUUAAGACUUUUAAUUUUGCUCUUAAUGUGUUUGUUGGUGCUAAAGAGUUUGAAAAAGCUUAUAAAUUGUACUUAAGGGCUCCUGAGAUUGCUAUAUCUCCAAAUACGUCCUCUGUUAAUAUUCUUAUUAAGGCCCUUUGUCGUCUUAGCAAAAUAGAUGCUGCAUAUGAGCUGCUCUAUGAAAUGCCUAAACAGGGAUGUUAUCCAAAUGAAAUUACUUAUGGAAUAUUGAUGAAUCAUCUUUGUACGGAAGGAAAGGUGGAAGAGGCCCUCAAGCUUUUCAAGAGCAUGACAGAAUAUGGUUGUGCGCCUGAUACCGUGAUCUUCAACAUACUGAUUUCUGGUCUCAGUAAUCAAGGAAAAAUUACUGAGGCCAUUGAACUUUUUGAAAGCAUGCAGUCUAAGGGACUUGCUCCAACUAAAGGGUCUUAUCAUGCUAUACUAUAUGGCUUCUUAUGCAAUAGGAAGUUUAUUGAGGCAAAGGCUGUUUCAGAUCAGAUGCUUUCAAACAACUAUUGUCCAAGUUUCUUCUCUUAUAAAUCGCUGAUUUCUGGUUUCUGUGAGGAAGGUUUAGUGGAUGAUGCUAUUAGAGUUCUUGAGCAAAUGGUGAAUCAGAACAUUGUUCCCCGGAUGGGAAUAUGGGAUUUAUUACUUAAAACUAUUCUGAAGAACAGUUGUGCUACAAAUACUGUUUUACUUGUAAAAGAGAUUGACCCAGCCGUUUAUUAACCCAUUUUUUCAAAACUACAAAAGUAUCCCUUUGCAAAGAAGAAAAAUGUAACUUUAUAAGAAAAGCUUUACCAUAAGCAGUCUUAUAGUGCCGUACCCAAAGCAUGAUAUUUAACAUCCAUUGCACUAGAAUUUGUUGCUGAAUCUAUAUUAUCUAUGCAAUGGACUAUUGAGUUAUGCCUUCA